UUUUUGUGCGCCCUAGUCUCCUCCUCCUCUCACACUGCGAAAACCCAGCAAUUGGCCUCCUUUUGCAUUUUCUUCAACGUUAUUCUGCGAACCAUCAUAUGUUCAAUCAUGGCCCUCGCAAUAUCUAAUGCGUUUCUUAACCCUAAUCCCUUAAUUACUCCCAAGGACUCCUGUCUCUCCCUGCGAAACCCCAAUUCGCCUUCUUUUGUCAGAUUUCUUCCGAGGAGGGCGGUGCAGAGUAGGCUUGUGUUAUGUGCUGCUUCCUCUGCUGCGGGAAAUCCGAGCUCCGAAGGGGAUAUGAACCCGUAUGAGGUUCUUGGUGUGAGCCCAAUCGAGGGUUUUGACAAAAUCAAGCUGACCUAUGCAAGAAAACUUAAGGAUGCUCAGCAGAGAGGCGAUGAAGCUACUGCUGCGCUACUCGAGAAAGCAUAUGAUAAGCUCAUGUAUUCCCAAUUAAUGAACCGAAAAAAGGGCGUGGCGUUCGGUUCGUUUAAGGUUUCGAAAGACAUUAAAUAUGCUGAUAAGCAGCCGAUUGUACCAUGGGGACCGAGGUUUGCCAAAUCUAGCAAAACUGAUAUGCAAAUCAACCUAGCAAUAUCAGCUGUGUUUACUGCCUGGAUUGCUAUAAAGCGCAGCGUUGAAUACAAACCGCUGCAGUUCUUGGCUUUUGCGUUUGUUUACAGGUUAUUUGAGAAAUUGAAAUCGUACGAGGCGCCUUCUACACCAACCUAUACUGAGGAAGGUGAAGAUGACGGACGGGGAUUGAGAAUGGGAAAAAGGCUUCUUCGCUCUCUUUCAUUAGUUUUCGGCUGCAUUCUUGUGGCAUCUUUGGCCUAUACCUGGAUCUUGAAUUUCAUUGAGUACAUAGGCGGCUACAUACCCAUGUUUCUUUACAAUAACCAGGAGCUGAUGGUGACAGCUUCCUCGGCGUUCAUGCUCUACAUUCUUGCUUCUUAUUACAGAUGAACCCAAACGGAUGAUGCUUUUUCUUGAAGUUGAGAGGAGGUUUUUUUUUUUGAAGAUUUCCCUUCUUUUUGGGUUUGGUGGAUUCUGUGUAAUGAAGAUUCUUUGUCUGUGUAAUGUACUUUUAAUUUUUCUGCAUUGAAACGGUGUAGUUUUGGUACCAAAUUUAAAUCGAGUAAUGGUGAAAAAAAAUGUUUAGUUGUUCA